AGGAGAGGCCGGAGACGGCGCGAAGAGGAAGAGGACCGGGGGACAUGUCGAGGAGGGAGCGCGAGAGGGCGCACCGGCAGAAGCGGCUGCAGCGGAGGAGGGAGGAUGAGGAGAGGCGGGUGGAGAGCGAGUACGUCGAGGUGUCGUCCGAGGAGGAGCACGAGCUGUGCUUCCGGGAGCCGCAGCAGCUGGUGGACUCGUUCACCGAGCUGGAGGAGAAGAACCUGUUCCUCAUCCACAGCUCGCAGGAGACGGAGCAGCAGCUCGACGAGCUGCGGCACCUCUACGAGAACAGCAAGCGGGAGAUGGGCGCCAAGGUGCAGCACCUGAAGGACACGGUGAAGGCCCAGGAGGCGCGCAUCGCCCAGGAGCAGCAGCGCUUCGAGGACCUCCGGCGGAGGCACGACGAGAAGGCCGACACGCGCGCCCAGGACCGGAGGGUCGGCGACCUGAAGGCGGGCGUGCGGCAGCUCUACGCCCGCUGCUGCCCGCACAGCGCCGACCACGACCGGGGGCCUCUGCAGAUGCUGGCCGAGAUCGAGGCCGAGGUGGAGAAGCUGAUCACGGGCCUCCAGGAGUACAGCGAGCUGGGCCCCGGCGGUGCCGACCUCAUCACGGAGCUGGAGAAGGGAGAAGGCGCGGCGCGAUCGCCUCCGGGAGGUGUCCAUGAGGGAGAAGGAGGCCAAGGACCACGGGAGGCGACUGAAGGCGUCCCUGGAACGCUCCCAGGCGCCAGUCUUCAGAAAGGCCGGCAAGCAGGUCAUGUACCGCUCGCCGCCUCUGAGGACUGACAGAAGGUCGUAGAGGACAACAGGGACGAGGAGGCGAUGGAGGACGAGACGAGCACCAGAAGUUCGGGGUGCACAUCGACAGGAAGUCGCAGCUGCCGCAGACGGAGCCGCCAGCCGGACGCCGGGCCGCGCCGGCCCGGUCCGCCGCGUCGUGAGGGGCAGGGGCCCGGUUCGCCGCGCCGCCGCGGCCCUUCGCGGUGGGCGAGGCGAGGAGGAGAAAUCGAGACCUUGGAGGUCUGGGGCCCAGCCCCCCCCCCUCCCGCGCCCUCUCCGGCGGGUCUCGCGCUGCACCGCGGCCGCGCCUGAGGCGCGGCUGGAGCCCCGGCCGCCCAGCGCGCCCCCCCUGCGAGGCCCGCGCGUUUCGCUCGAAGAGGUCCCCAGAUCUGGGCGCGCGGACUGGCCAGUGUGACGCCCGUUUGUGCUAUGCCUGCCACGUCGCCGGUGCUCGCG